UAUAGAAGGCUGAACUGAGGUACAGAGCGACAGACACAGAGUUAUCCCACAGCAAGAGAGAGGAUAGUUCAGCCUUUGGUCUCACAGCCUCAUCACCCGGAAGGAAGCAUAUUCUCGGAUCCUUAUUUACCAUUAUUUUUUCAGCAUUUUCUUUAUUUUUUUUAUUUUUUUAUAGACAAAUACCCAGCACCGAUAUUGUAAUCUUUUCAUCAUCAGCCUGCAUCCCUCACCAUCUCCAGCGGUUCUGUGUUUCUAAUCCUGCCUGCCCGGUGUGUUGGAUGUGUCGGCCGAGUGCAGCGGUGCUCGCGGUGUUCACCGCCUGUCUCUGCGGCGCGAGCGUGUGCGCGGCGGCGGCGGGGAGAAGCCAGCAGCUCAAUUACCGACCGGUCAUAGGUGUGUUGGCACAGGAAAAUCUUCCAGGAGACCAGUUUGCCCGUGGCUCCUCAUAUAUCGCUGCCUCCUAUGUCAAAUACCUGGAGGGAGCCGGGGCUAGGGUCGUACCCAUAAGAAUAAAUCGCACGGAACAAGAAUACACUAACAUAUUCUACUCAAUAAAUGGGUUGUUGCUGCCGGGAGGAGAUGUAGAUAUUCAAACAUCGCAGUUCAGCCGAGCAGCCAAACUCUUCUACGACUUGGCACUGAAGGCCAAUGAUGCUGGGGACUACUUCCCCAUCUGGGGAACAUGUCAGGGCUUCCAGCAGCUGUCCGUCCUCACAGCCAACAAAAACCUGCUAACCCUCACUGAUACCAAGGCUGUGGCUCUACCUCUCACUCUUACACCAGCGGCCCAGUCCAGCCGUCUCUUCCGAAGUUUCCCCAAGGAUCUUCUGCAGUCUCUGGCCGAGGAAAACAUCACUUCCAACUUCCACAGCUGGAGUCUGUCUAUGCAGAACUACAGCCGGAAUGCCAAGCUCAAGAGGUUUUACAAGGUCCUGUCCACUAACAAUGAUGGGAAGAAAGAAUUCAUCUCCACAAUGGAAGCCUACCGCUACCCAUUGUAUGCAGUGCAGUGGCAUCCAGAGAAGAGCCCCUUUGAGUGGAUAGAUAAACCAGGCAUGAUUCACUCCACCACUGCUGUAAGAGCCUGCUUCUACACUGCCAGCUUCUUUGUCUCUGAAGCCAUGAAGAACCAGCACCAUUUCUCCAGUGCUGUGGAGGAAGAGCGAGCUCUCAUCUAUAACUUCUCUCCCGUCUACAGAGGCAUGCAUGCCAUCUUCGUGCAGAACUAUUACUUUGAUUGAUGGACAGUAUACCGAACACCAAACAGACCUGGGCUCAGUCUAGUCAGAAUUUGUCAUAAGUACCGUCAUCUUGGCCCACGUUUAAAACCAAACUUUAUGCUGUCGUCACUUACAGUAGCCUCAAACAUCAAGUCAAUAAUUAGCCGUUUAGCUUAGCUUAUUUGCCAAAUAUCCCCAAAAAGAAUAGCCUUCUUACUUCAACAGUAUAUCACAAACAACAGCCAAAUCAAAUGACAGUUUCUAGAAGUAGCUUACUCACUUAUUGUCUCUUUUGCCAUCUUAAUACAAGAAGAGGAACAAUGGUGCUGGUUAUGCUGAGACAUCAGGGAAGCAAUGUCUGUCUUAAAGCUAUAGUGCGUAGUUUCUGUCUCCCCCAUUAGGAAUUCUAAGCAAUGACGCCAACACUGUCGGCGCAUCCACAUGACGCAAGCACCCCCAUCCCUCUCCCACACAGUUGCUACAGUAGUAUUGUUUAACCUGUCAAAUCAAGUAGGACACGGAUAAUAAUAAUAACAUGAUGGACACUUCAGAAGAAGUAAUUAUCUUGUCAUUUUGAUGUCCUCUUUAUCUUGAAAGCUGAACGCUGCUGCUGUUCUUUCUCAGCGGUGACGUAAAACACAUCACUAGAGCUUCUACGCGCGAAAGUUGCUGGACUACACCAUUUAGUUAACAUAGCCAUUCAAUUAGCUUUGUAUGAACUCAUUUGGACAUGGCUUGAAUGUAAAAGAUGUUCAUUCAUGCUAAAUAGUUGCUCACUAUAGCUUUAAGUCAUCGAUCAGUCAGUUGUCAGGAACCGUUAAACAUUGUUCCUCUGUAUUUCCUUCAGAUGUCAUGCUGAUCAUUCGUGGCACAACAUUUGCUGAAAUCCGACAACACAGAAAAAAACAGCCAAUUUAAAUAAUAAUGUUAAAGUUCGCACGAGUUGAUUUACUGUAAUAUUGAAAAUAACACAUAUAUGCUCCUCCUUAUUAGGCUUUGGAGUUGCUGGCAGAUUUGAGAAACACUGUUUUUAAUUUUAAAUUAUUAUAAUUUUUUUUUUAUCUGACAAAUAAUGGUUUCAUACCGUCUUCAAUCCAAAUCACCUUAUAGUGUCAUGAUUUGUUUUUUAACAUGGCUGUCUGCCCGACCCAUUAAGGGACAGUAGUAACGUUAAAGGGGCUAUAUUCUAAGCAGAGCUUCUUGGAAGUAGUGCAUUUUCACACUUGAUCCGUUUCAGUCCUUCAAGCAACGACUUAUUAGGCAGCAUUUUUUGCGCAUAUGUGAACAAUCCAAAGGAGUGCGGGUCUCAUCAUCUGUGCAUUGUGAACACAACACACUUCAGGUUCGCUUUGCCCUUUUGCCUUUUUGACAAUGUAUUUUAGCCCUGAGGCCCCAUCAGAGCUGAAGUGGACCAGAAAGAGAACUGAGCCCUUUUUCAAGUAAAUUGACAAUGUGAACCCAGAAAGAACUGAGUCCCUUUUCUGUUGGUUCACUUUUUGGUUCACUUUAAGUGGACUGAGUUUGGUUUGUUUAAAGAAGACUAUAUGUGAAAACAUCCAGAGUGAACAAAAGAUGGUGCUCUUUGGUAGGGGGCAAGAAUAAAUCGAAUAGACAUCAAGGAAAAGCCCAAGGCACUCGUCUUAAGAAAAAAAAUAGUUAAUGUUAGGAGGUUAAAGGCACAGGAAUGGGAUGAAACUAUUUAAAACAGCAGGUGUGAACACAUCAUCAGGUGCAGCUGGUGUUUUAAAUAGUUUCACCCCAUUCCUGUGCCUCUAACUUCCUGAAGAAGUUGGUUUUAAACUGAUGAUGCCAGAUGAAUUAAAAAUUAUUAAGAUGAGUGCCUUGGGCUUUUCCUUGAUGUCUAUUGGGCUAUAUUCUACCUCAAAUUAGCCCCAAUAACCGCAAACUAAAUUAAAUCAAACAUAUCCAAAUAUCCAGUUGUCAGGGUGUCUUUCGUUGCAGCACAGCAUUCCCAUGUUUUUAAAAUGCUUUAUUGGAUACCUUUGCUGGUGUUUGCCAAUAUUAAAUGACUCAAAAGUCCACCAUACAGGGCUUAACAGACUGAGUGAUCAGUGAGAGAAGAGUUUUGUGAUGAGCUGCUGUUUCAGUAUCUGUCUGAAAUAAUGAAUGUGAGUCCGUAACGUUAUUUCUGUCAAAAUGGAAAGAUACUCUGCCACCUGUAUUCCAAGUUGUUCAACCCUCUAUGUCUGUAAGCAAAAACAGCAUUCAGUGUGUAUGUCAAUGAGAAAUGGAAAUCCGGUUACCAAUUUAUCUUUUUAAAAAUAACUACUUUCCUAUUUUGAAGUUGUAUAGUCAUUUUGUAAUUUUGUUCCAGAGGCAAAUAUCAAUAAUCACAAAACUCUAUAGAUGAGUCUUGAGAAAGAGUUCAUCUUGACAUGAUUGUAUUCUUGUGUGUCUCUGUGGGCAGUUCCAUAGAGUGGAGUAAUUGUAUUUUGUAUAUCACAUUCAGAGAAUGCUACAUGUCUGUAGAGAUUAUCAGAAUUUGAAAAUGUAUAGUUUUUACAUUGAAACAUUUUCAGUACCAAUUUCAGUAGGCUCAAGAAGUGGCAUUUAUUUUAUACAAGGAGGGGGGCGGGUUGGAAACAUUAAAACAUUGUCGGUAUCUCAUUACACACCAACAAUGUUGUGAAAAAGUGGAUUGUAUGGAUCAGUUCACGAUUGUCUGAUUUUGAAAUGUAACAUUGAAUGUUUAAUGCUGUAGCAUGGCUUCAUUCAUCCAAUUUUUUAAACUAGUAUACCAAACCAAUAAGGCUCAUAAUUUUCUGUUUUCUUUUUAAAAUGUUAUCAGAUUAUUAUUAUUAUUUCAGUCUAGUUGAAAUUAUUUUCACGCAUUUUGCAUCCCCACAAUGAAACAUUGUUUCUUGCUGCAAGAGAAGUCUUCUGCUGAAAAAUACAGCCAAUGUGAAAAUAAAUAAUUACAAAUCCAGUAUUUCCCUUUUGUGUGUGAAUAAAAACAAAAAU